CUAUAGUGUCUAUGACCACAUAAUUGUCUAUUAAUUAUUUUAAGGUUAUGGGAAGAUGUCAGAAGAUGAGUUCUGACAUUCUCGGAAGAUGAGUUCCUAUUCUAUUUCUGAUUACUUGGAUGACCUAACAAUGUCGAGACGAAGAACGAAGAGCAAUGAAGUCAAUUAUUCGAAAUUACCUACAAGCGACCAAGGCUUUACCGACGCCCAGUUCUUGGUACCUGCCCAGAAAAUACCAUGGAAAGCCAUUGUCCUAGCCAGCAUGUUACUAGUCGUAGGAACAAGUCUUUUAGUUUUCGGAAGUAUGGUCAUAUCAGGUCAUAUCAUUGUCGAGUAUGCUAACAGAAUGUGGCCAAUGGUGGUAUUGGGACUUCUCAUGUUCAUCCCUGGAGCAUACCAUGUCAGAAUUGCCUAUUAUGCCUAUAAGAAAGUGCCAGGGUAUUCUUUCGAUGAUAUUCCAGAAUUUGAAUGAAUACAUUAUGUCAAGGGUCAACUGAAACAGUUAGUUUGAUAUUGCUUGAAAUUGAAUGUUAUCCACCAAACUCAAAUUUCUUCAGAUUACUUUGAGUUAGUCUCAUAGGCCCAAUUUUUACGGCUACUGGUU